AAAACUGGAACAGUGUAUGUUGAGAAAUCGUGGCAUCGUCGCUUGGCAUCUUUUAAUUAGCUGUAUCGAAGAAGUCGAUAGCAGCAACUGCAAGCAAUCUACCCAACACAACACGGCCGGCGAUUAGAGCAGAGAAGAUAAGAGGAGAAAAGAUAGAUCGCAGCAGCAGCUGCAGUACCAAACCUUUCAGAAUGGACGAGAUUACGAAUGAUGAAUCAUCGUUGGCACGUAUUCAGCGACUGGAACAGGAACGUGAUGAAUUACGCAAAGAUAUUGAACAGUUAUGCAUGCAGCAAGCUGGGCCUGGCUAUCUUGCUGUGGCUACCCGAAUGCAUUUUCAAAGGACAGCUGGAUUGGAGCAGGAGAUUGAGAGCUUAAAAAAGAAGUUGGCCGCAUGCACAAGAGACAAUCUGAAUCUACAAGAGGAGCUUUCCGAGGCUUACAGAAUUAAAAGUCAAUUGGCAGAUCUACACAGCGCCGAGGUUUCCAAGAAUACAGAAGCUGAGAAGCAGGUAAAAUUUUUCCAGGGUUGUGUGGCUGCUGCUUUUGCUGAAAGGGACCAGGCUAUAAUUGAGGCUGAAAAGGCCAAGGAAAAGGAGGAUACAAUAUCACAACAAAUAAAUGGCAUGCAUAAAAGGAUAGAGGAGCUCACCUCAGAUAUUCUUAAACUAAAGGAAUUUAAUAAUGCUCUGCAGAUUGAUCAAGAAGGGCUUCUAGAACAAAAUGAAAAAUUCAAGAAGGUGAUUAAUAAGUUCUUUCAGAUCAGGCAAGAUUCUCAGAAUAUUUUUGAAGAUACAAGCUGGGAUGAUAAAUGUACAUGUCUAUUGGAUGACCCUGAGGAGGUGUGGAGUUUCAAUGAUGCUUCCACCUCUAAAUACAUUAGUGCAUUAGAGGAGCAGCUAGAGAGAGUUAGGAAUUCUGUGGAUCAUCUUCAAAAUAAACUAAGGGUGGGCUUGGAAAUUGAAAAUCAUUUGAAGAAGAGAGUCAAUGUUCUGGAAAAGAAACAUAUUUCAAUGGGCAAAGUGAUUGAGGAAGCCAUAGCAGACUUAAAACAUUAUCAUUUUAAGUAUAGGGAUCAUAUUAUGAAUUUACUUAGGGAUGGGGAAUCCAGUAUUCAAUCCAUAAUCAAUACAAUUGAUGAAAGAGUCAAGAGGUUUGAUCAGGGUACUGUACCAAAUUUGGCACCUCAAAGAGAUUCAGAACUAGAAGAGCAUGAAUGUCGGGAUGUGCAUAUAAGUCCCUCAGCUAAACCUAUCUUGGAGUCCAAGAGGGAUGCUCCUAGCUCACUGAUUGUAGAAGCUGGUGGAAAAGAUGAUGCAUCCGAUGCUUUAGCAAUGGCAUUGCAAGAAAAGGUUUCUACAUUGUUGCUGUUAUCACAGCAGGAAGAAAGACAUCUAUUGGAGAGAAAUGUAAAUUCAGCCCUUCAAAGUAAAGCUGAAGAACUUCAAAGGAACUUGUCACAGGUUACUAAUGAAAAGGUGAAAGCUCUCAUGGAAUUGGCGCAAUUAAAGCAGGAACAUCAAUUACUUCUGGAGAAAUUGGGUCACAACACUAGACAAGGAAAAGGUGUGGUUGACAUUGGAGAAAGAAAGCUUGUUACUCAUGAAAGGGAAGGAGCUUUAAAAAACUUACUGAACAAAUCAUAUUUGAAACGAUGGAUUGGCCCACUGGCUGUCACUGGAAAUGAAGUUGACGGCAGUCCAAAUAAUGAAGGGAAAAUAUUCAACCAAAGACCCAGCAGUGUGGAUUUUGCAAGGCUUAUGCUUACUUACAUGGUUUGCUUGUUGUUUAUCAGAAUGAAGAUUGAAAAUGCAACCCUUAAAGAAAGCAUGGAAAGCAUGGAGCAUCUAACAUCGUCAAUUCAUAGGCUUCGUCUCUCUCUGUUAAGGGCCAACGAGUCUUUGACUUCUGAAGGAUCAGUUUCCAGCAUUUCAGAAGUUCUUGAUGACAUAAUGAAUGAGGCAAAACUUUUAAGGACUGCUCUCGGAAGCUCCUUACCCAUCAGCUGGUCAGUCGAGGAAGAUGUGGGUUACAUUGGAGACAAUGUGGGCAGUGACACAGUACAUCAGGAAUGCAGUAGUGAUGAGAAGAUAGACACUGUUUCUGCUGCAGGGCUCGAAAUGGUGGAGCUUUUGAUUUUUGCAGCUCAGAUAUUGACAGACAUGCGAACCAUUAAGGUUCCUGAUAUAGAAGUUCUAUGAAGUGUUCCUUGUGUGAUAAUAUAAUAUGGUUAAUGGUGUGGUGUUCCCUGUAAUGGUAUGGAUGGGGCUUUGUACUUAUAGCUGCUCUUUCAUGCCUGGCUUUAAUCACCCAGGGUAAUGAUGUAAAGUUAAAAUUCAAAGGGGACUCUUAAUUGAAUUUGUUGAGGGGAGGAAAUGAAAGAUGUGUCCGAUACAGUGUCUCAAAUUCGAGUCGUUGAUGAUACUUGCAGUUAAAAAAAAGUUGUAUACAAACGCACAUCUUAUUCAAGUUUACAAUUGCAGAAGUUUGUUGUAUUUUUUAUUGGGUAAAAUGAGAAUUUGGACAUUGUAAA